UCGCCCGCAGAGUAUCGCGCAUAGCGACAGUUUAGACCUAUACACAUUCAAAUACACGGCUUCUCAAGUCAGGAGAGGAUUCGCUGGCUGCAGCUCUAGACUGAAAAAUGAAAAUCCAAGACGGAAGCAAAUAGGACACGAUGAAAACAUUCCUUCUGGAGACAACUAAGGGGAUUGCUUUACUUGUGGCUUGCUUGGGCCUUCUGUUUAGCAGCAUUGUCUCCUGUUUGGAUUGCAUGAAUGACCUUGGUUUGGCGUCGGGCCGUCUCCGUGACUACCAGUUCAGUGCUUCUUCGUACGAAAAUGGAGAAGGUGAACCUUGGUAUGGAAGGCUUGGCGGCUCCACCAAGAAGAACUGGUGCGCUUCCACCAAGGACACAGGCCAAUAUCUACAGAUAGAGCUUGGCCCCAAUGAACAUAAAAUCACGGCCGUGGCGACACAGGGAGCCAAUAAUCACGACUCUUGGGUACUGACGUACACAUUAUCCUCCAGUUAUGAUGGACGGAGUUGGGCUGAUUACAAAGAGGGGGGAAGUGUAAAGGUUUUCAGCGGGAACACCGAUAGGAAAUCAAUAGUCAAGCACGAGCUCGACCCAGCUUUCCACGCGGUCUAUGUGCGUUUCCAGCCCAAAACAUGGAGCGGGGACCUGUGUAUGAGGGCUGAGCUAUAUGGGUGCUAUGCCUUGCAGGGCGCCCUCGGACUUGAAAACGGCACGAUACCAAAUUCGAACAUGCACAGCAGAUCCAUUAGCUCUAACCCUGCCUAUGGCCGCCUCAACAAUAAUAAUGCCUUCAGACCAUCGCCCACUCAUCUGGAGACAUUCCAAGUUGACCUUGGCCCUGGAGUUCAAACCGUCACUGCUGUAGCUACACAAGGGAGUCCAACAACAGACGAGUGGACCAAGUCAUUUACCUUGAGUUACACCCGUGACGGAACCGAAUGGUACACGUAUAAGGAAAAUGGCAAAGUCAAAACAUUUGAGGGGAACAGGGACCGAAACACUGUGAUCACCAAUGUUCUUCGUCAUAACAUCACUGUGAGGUACCUUCGCUUUGACCUCCAAACGUUCUACCAGCGCCCAUCCUUAAGAGCAGAAAUCUACGGUGGCAGAACUUGCGACACUGCAUUUGGAAUGGAGAGCAAACAAAUUCCUGAUUCCAGCCUCAACGCAUCACGUGAUGCGGGACCUGGGUACGAACCAGCGAAAGCUCGGCUAAACGGUGCCGGGGCCUGGUGCGGAGUCUCGUCAACAGACGGGUUGUACGUUGACCUUGGCGAAGUACGAAAGGUGUCAAAGGUCGGAAUCCAAGGUCAUCCAACAGAAGAGAAGUGGACUACUAAGAUAAAGCUGCAUUAUAGCGUUGAUGGACUGAGAUGGUACAUGUACGAGCCCACGAGAGACGAUUACCAGCACAAAACAAAUACAGACAGGACCACAGUGGUUUAUCUGUCGCUUUUAAAAGCAAGGCGAGCCCGAUAUGUCAUGUUUCAGCCUCUGACGUGGCAAGGUGAACCUUGCAUGCGAGUGGAGCUAUACGGGUGUGAUUAUUGCAACGACGACAUGGGACUAGAGCGCUACGAGCUGCCAGACAAAUCCCUCUCCGCAUCCUCCAUAUAUUACGCCGGUCACGAACCUUGGCUGGGCCGCCUAUGGGAUCAAAGGGGCGAGGGGGCCUGGUGCGCAUUGGAGAACGACGGCAACCAAUAUCUCCAACUAGACUUUGGCCACCCUGUGCACGUCCGAGGCGUGGCUACCCAGGGCAAAUACCGAAAGUCGUGGUGGGCGAUUAAAGAGUACGCGUGGGUGAAGACGUACAAGCUGAGUUACGCCGAGUAUUUCGAUGACUGGAGCUACAGCGGGUAUAUUGGCAGGUGGAUGUUUUACACCGAGGAUGGUAGUACUCACAAGGUUUUUUCGGGGAACACUGGAUUUGAUACCGUUAGACACAUGCUGUCGAAGAAAGUAAUCACUCGGUAUCUGCGGUUUGUACCCUCGACCUACCAGGGAUGGACGUGCCUUAGAGUAGAAGUCUUCGGAUGUAAAGUUUGUGAUGAGCCUUUGGGUAUGGAGGAGUUUCACAUUACAAGGGAGCAGCUCUUGGAGUCCUCUGGCCGAAAUCUUAUUAGCUCUCCAAACAGACCAGACCUGGGAAGAUUGAAUUAUAAGCAUAUGUCAGGCUGGGGAACUAAAACCAAUAAUGAAAAGAAAUGGCUUCAGGUUGACCUUGACAGUGAGCUAGCUUACGUGACGGCCGUGGCUACACAGGGUGACCGAAAAUACGCUUACAAUGGGAUCGCAAAGUACAUUUUGUCGUUUAGCCUUAAUCAGCUUGAUUGGUCAGAUUACCAGGAAGAGUGGGAAACUAAGAUCUUCGAAGCUGAAAGGCCUGCAUUUCAAGUUACUAAAAUCUACCUCAAACAUAAAACACGCACGAGAUACAUUCGCUUCUGGACUGAAGAGCAGAUCCGCGAGAUGGUCAUGAGUGUAGAAGUAUUUGGAUGCAGAGGUUUGUCUUCACUCCUGUCUGGUUCAUCUGGAGCUAACUCUGAGACCUACCCGAAGUACUAUACGGGUUCCCAAACAAGGCUUAUCCGCUGGUACGGUGAGCCCGCCAUAAAUAGAGCAACAGCCAACGCCACUUGGUGUGCAGAAUCCGGGGAAUUUCUCCGCGUUGAUUUCGGAUCUGUCAAGCACGUACGUGCAAUCUACAUGCAAGGACACCCAGCCGAGGCAAAGUGGGUGGCGAAGAUUAAAUUCAGUCAUAGUGCCGACGGGUUGUUCUUCAAGACAUUCAAGGGCUACAAUAAUAUCGAGGAAUUUAUCGCAAACGUUGACACUCACAAAAUAGUUCGCCUUUCGAUGGAUCCUUAUCUGUUCACACGCAUCCUUCAUAUCCAUCCUACAGAGUUUGAAGGCGCACCUUGUAUGCGCAUUGCUAUAUAUGGAGAUGAAGCAUGCUCGGAACCCUUGGGAGUUGAAUCUGGCCUGAUACCUAACAAAGCGAUGAGAGGGACAAGCUGGAUUACCAUCGAUAGGAACCGUAAAAACGCUCGACUUAACAACAUCGAGGGCGAGGGAGCUUGGUGUCCAGCAGUUGUAGACCAGACACAGUUCUUUGAAAUUAACCUGGGUCAAAUGAUCAGAGUGACUGGCGUGGCAACUCAGGGGAGGUUCCCGGUGGCGGAUUGUCACGUGCUUGAUGCAUGGGUCACUAGAUAUGCCCUGGAGCACCUAGGACUCGACGGGUUAACAUGGAGGAAUUACACCGAGCAAGGUGUUAUAAAGAUUUUUAAAGGAAACACGGACUCAAUAAAUAUUGUUACCAACUGGCUUAAUGAAGAACUGAUCACGAAAGCUAUCAAGUUCCGCCCAAAGGAGUGGUUCACUAGAAUUUGCAUGAGGGUAGAGCUUUAUGGCUGUAAAGAGCAUUUCAAGCCUAUUGGUAUGGAAAACUACGACAUUUCAAGUGAGAAUAACAUCCAUCAGUUCGAUAAAAAAGAUGACAACUUUCGAUUGCACCUCCCACAGUUUUCAAAAAUUUCAGAUUGCCUCAACAAUAAUCAAGGUGCAAUGUACCUCCGAAUUAUCAUGGGCCAGACGCCCUUUAGAGUUACUGGCAUUGGCAUGCAGGGAAAGAACGAACACAUUAAAAGUGUGGUUCUAGAAUACACUCUGCAGUUAAGCCCAGAUGGCACAGCAUGGUACGACUAUAUGGAGGAUGGCGAGAUCAAGCAUUUGACUACAACGAAGUACCUUGACACGCAGACCAUUGCAGUCAGGAAUUUCCGGUAUUCAUUUUUAGCUCGACACGUGGUGAUAUGGGCAGUCAAGUACUUAUAUGCGUGCUUUCGUGUUGAGCUUUACGGAUAUAAAGUUGAAAAUGAACCAAUGGUUAACAGUAAUACACCUGUGACCUCCUCCGCCGCCAAGCCUGGGUACGAGUCCUCCAAAGCUGAGCUGCUCUUUGGCUCAAAUAAUGCGUGGUGCGCCAACGACGGCAACGACCCGUUCAUAGAGGUAGACCUCGGCAGAAGCAAGGUCAUCAAUGAGGUUGCUGUAGGUGGACUUCCUGAUGGAAAUGGUCGUGUGUUGACCUACAGGCUAUCAUCGAGCAAGGAUGGUUAUCUUUGGGAGGAAUACAAGCACGGCCCUGAACCGCACAAGGUUUUUUCGGUCAGCGGCAAUACAUACGAGGCUACCAAGCAUGAGCUGGUUUUUCCAAUCACUUCUCGCCACGUCAGACUUUACCCGAUCACGUGGAACACGAGUUCUGGCUCACCCUGCCUGACGCUACAGCUGUACGGAAAGGAGGAAUGCAUGGACGCCCUUGGAAUGCAAGAGUGGCGAAUACCGCGCUCCGCCGUCUCAGCCUCGUCACGCAUUAGCACCAAUUACAUGCCGUGGAUGGCGAGGCUUGACUCAACAGAGUUUGGUGGGGCUUGGUGCGCUAGGCGCAACGCAGUGGGCGAGUACCUCCAGAUUGAUCUGGGCCUCAUGGCGCGUGUGACCGCAAUCGUGCUACAAGGGAAGGAGGCCGCUACCAAGCUACCAUCUUUACCCGAGGCCUGGGUCGAGAAGUAUGUUCUAUGGUAUAGUGAUGACGGCUUGAUGUGGGAAGAGUACAAAGAAGACGGGACUACCAAGGAAUUUCAAGGAAACAAUGACGGAAAAGCUAAAUCAACGUCUCAAAUAAACAACAAACUUUUUACGAGGUUUCUUCGAAUCUAUCCUAAAAGCUGGAGAAACCACAUCUGUAUGAGAGCCGAUAUUAUUGGAUGCGAAUAUUGCGGUAAUAGCCUUGGAUUAGAGAGCCAGCAUAUCCCCGACUCGGCGAUAAGAGCCACCAGUUCUACCGAUGGACCACGUUUUGUUCGUUUGAACCUUUAUGAUCGCCAUCAAACUUUCCAAACACACCUCCCUGGAGAAUUUAUGGAUAUUGACCUUGGGCCCGCGAUGAAGAGAGUCAGCGGGUUCGCCAUACAGGGUGGAAUUUUAGCCUUUGGUUUUGUAACUAAAGUAGCGGUGGCAUAUAGUAAGGACGGGAUAAAAUAUUUGCCAUAUUUAGACGAGGACGGGACAAAAGAGAAGGUCUUUAACGGAGCAUGGGGGAGAUAUUUGGCAUUCAAAAGACGAAUAUAUCCCCAUAUUUUUGCACGGUACAUACGCAUAAUUGUUAAAAGUGUCUUCCGCAGUGCUACUAUACACGUAGAGAUCUACGGAUGUGACUGCACAGAUGCGAUUUCAAUUGUAACUCUGAAAGCAUCCAGUGAACAAUCUGGAAAAGAGGCGUCAAAUGCUGGAUUAAAGAGCAUGUCAGCGGCAUGGUGCGCGCGCAUAGAUGACGUCCAUCCUUACUUGGAGGCUGACUUACGAACAGUCUAUGUCAUUACAUCUAUCUUGACAUUCGGGGACCCUGUGUCGAAGGUUUAUGUUGCUUCUUAUAAUUUGACGUCCAGCUUGGAUAAUGUGUUUUGGCAGGAAUACGUGGAAAGGGAUUUGGAAGGCAUUGGGAAUGCAUUAAUAAAGUUUAUAAAGCGCGGCUCUCAUGAGGGACACAUGGCACAUCUACAGUUUCCAUUCAAGGCGCGUUAUAUUCGUAUUGGGCUUGUGACAAGUAGUGGGAGGUGCAUAAAAGUGCAGUUUUACGGCCGCCAUGAGUGUAAAGAGGAUCUCGGUAUGCAAACAUCUAUGAUCUCCGACUCUUCUGUCACUGCAUCCAGCAUCCGUAACCUUGGAUACAAGCCUAGCUUUGCCAGGAUUGGGCGUCACUAUGGUAACGGAGCUUGGUGCGCUGCUACCGAUGCGAAAGGAGAAUAUCUACAGGUCGACCUGGGAGUCCUUUACCGAGUCACAGGUGUGGCCUUACAGGCCAAGUUAAAGGACACGCAGGGAUUCGUAGAAGCUUGGGUGAAGCUCUUCAAGAUAGUCCAUAGCUCAGAUGGUAUUACCUGGAAUGAGCACAAAGAAAAUGGAGAAUCCACGGCAAAGGAGUUCCCUGGCCCCUCGUCCAAGUACGACACCUCCAAGGUGAACUUCACGCCUGCUGUUUAUACGCGGUUCAUACGCAUUGUGGCGUUAAGCUGGGAGACACACGUAUGCAUGAGAAUUGAGCUUUAUGGAUGUCGAGCGUGUGGCGAUGCUUUAGGGUUGGAGGAUUUCAGGGUUCCUGAUGAAGCCUUUACUUCUUCCGGUGUUGCCAGCCCUUACCACCUUCCACAUUACGGUCGCCUAGGCCAUCAGUAUGGAUAUGUGCCGAUAAACAAGAAUUUCGAGGACUACUUACAGGUUGAUUUGGGGAAAGAAAAGGUAAUAACGGGAGUUGCAACUUCUCCUUAUAGAGACAGACUCUUUGAGUUAACUGAAUACGCUCUUGAGUACAGCCAGGACGGCAGAGCCUGGACCAUGCACAAGAACACUACAGGGGACGUGAUACUAAAGGGGCAUCGCCAUCGCAUGGAGACAGUCAGGAAUGAUUUGGAUCAGAAUAUAACAGCCCGCUAUGUGCGCUUGAGACCGAAGGCGUGGUUGUAUGACUUAAAUAUCAUGAUGGAGCUUUAUGGCUGUGACGGCAAGAGACAAGUGACGGAGGAAAAAGUGAUGUCUAAAAAACUCCCUUGAACACGAAAAAAAACUGGCAGCUUUCACCAACUGACACAUGGUACAAUAAUGUCAUCAAGAACCACUGAUCCAGAAGGCAUAGGAAUGAUUUAGUUAACCUUUGAAUAUGAUGCUUGUAUGACCUUGACCCGAAGGGGGGGUGGGGGUACUCAGCCAGUGUUUGGGUAUAGGGGUGCCGAUGGGGGUUUUGAAACCUGACCCUGUUUAGGACAAAAAUACUGAAAAACCAUACCCUGUUUAGGACAACACCCUUGAUUUUAUGACCCUGUUUAGGACAACACCCUCAAUUUUACGACAAAUAAAAAUGACACACUUAAUUGAUUUAUACCUUCUUUUUUGGGUAAAAACACAGAAUACGUUUCAUCAAGUAUUAUACUCCAAUUACUAAGUCUAGAAAAAUGAAGACUUUUAUCGCAAAAUCGAUCGCAGAAGGAAGCACCCAGUUAGCACGUGAGAGCAAGCAAGGCAAUCAGAUCGGCAGCGGGAUCAGCGGUUACGAGUUUUAGCAAGACAAGCAAAUCGCUACCCUGUUUAGGAGAGCCUUGCUGAACAUUAUGUACCCUGAGGCCUGAAAUAUAUACCCUGUUCAGGACAGAGAAGCCUGAAAUGUAUCCCUGUUUAUGACAGAGAGGUCAAAACCCAUACCCCGUCCAACGGCACGUCCCUGUAUAGCCAGUACAAGGGAGUACCCCCCCCCCCAGGGACCUUGAGCCCUGGCCUUGAAUCAUUUUUUAAAGUUUUCUUUUUAUUCUCACAGUGACGAAAAUACUGCACACUUUUAUUCUACACUCAAUAAAACACUCGCGUAUAAGAACCUAGAGUUUUCAAGAUCAGGUUGAAUAGGUUAUCCAAACAGUAACAGUCACUAGUCAGAAUGCUUGCUGACAUGCCAAUCAUUGCUGAGCACAACAUGUAAGCCCAUGUUGUAAUGCGCCAAACAAUUAUGAACCCUUAAUCAUGUUUUAAAUUGUCUUCAUGUGCAAUAUUUCAUAGGUUUCUUCUAUAUACAGAAUUUCAAAAAUCAACAUUUGAGUAGUCUUUCAAGAACCAAUUUUCCCCACCAGGUUCAAGGGAUGGUUUAAAUGCCAAAUUUCAGCCUGUAGGUUCUUAAUAUCAAGGUUCUUAUAGGCAAGUGUUUGCUAUGAUGAAGCAGAGGUUAGUUAGUGGAACUAUGAGAACAGCGACGUAGCCAGAAUUUUCAACAGGAGGGGGCCCAAAGACCCUUUCAAGGCAUUUUCACCUGUGUCUUAGAUAAUGCCCCAUACAUUCACUGUAUUUUUGGCUGCUAGAAGGGGGGCCCAGGCCCCCUUGGCCACCCCCCUGGCUACGCCCUGAAGAAGCCUACAUGCAGGCUGCAACGGAUGUUUUCAUCAA